UCGAGAUCUUGAGAUAUAAAGCCACUAGUGCUACUGCAAGAGGGAGGAGAGAGAGACACCGAGGUGUGAGAAGCAGGUGGAGCUGCAACAGUUUGCCACAUCUCCCUCCCUUGCAUGCCGAUCGCCUCCAAGCUCCUCUACUUCCAGCGCCGCCCCUCGCCGGCGCCGCCGGACCCGGGCCCGCCGGAGCCCCCCGACCAGCGCCGCCGGCCCUGCCGCGGGGCGAGCGCCUCCGGGCCCCGCCGCCAGCGCAGCUCGGCCGUCUCUCACCACCACCACCAUCAUCACAAGCCGGGUCAGGAACUUGUUCCAGCAAACCAAAGAGAUGGUGGUAAGCUAGUGGGAUGUGCCGGAAACAAAAUAGAACAUAUAGGGUUCACGUGCUCCAGCUCAAGGCUAAGCCGCAGUGUAUCGGAUCAUGGACGGCUCCCUGAUGCUGUUCAACAGGCUAGGGAAAGGCUUCUUCAGAGGCUUAAUAGUGUGGACUUGUCAGGAAGAAGGGAAAACACUUCGUGCUCCGAAACCAUUUGGGCUGGAGUAGUAACUCAUCCUGCUGACAUUGGUGUCUCCAACUUGGCCGAUAGCGAACUUGGUAGCCUAACCAGUUACUUCCAAUCCAGUGUAUCCAUCACCACCUACAGCGAAGUCCAAGAAACAUUCCUAGAGCCUUUCAGCACCGUGGAUAACUGCAUGCCUGUCACCCCGUGCACCGAACCGGUCCCUGUGCUACAAGAAACGGCCUGCCAAGACGCAGAAGACGGCGAAAACACCGCGCCUUCACCGGAGUGCUCGAUAUGCCUGGAGAGGUGCGGCGAGGCAGACGGGCUCAUGCAGCUGCGCUGCAAGCAUGUCUUCCACUCGGCGUGCCUGGAGCGGUGGCUUCGAUCCCACGGCGACUGCCCCUACUGCCGGGGCAGUGUUCUCCUGACGUCGGAUGAAUGAGAAAACUGAGGAUGACACCUAAAAUGUGUUCAGCUUAACCUGUUCUGCCAAGGACCUUUGAGUUUGUUAUAAUUAAUUAGUGAGGUGAUGACACUCUGCGGUGUUGCAGUGCGCGGCUUGAGCGAUGAGUUGCUACAAACUGGCUGUUUAUCUCUGUACAACUACGGAUCAUGAGAUUAGAAGCAGUAAGGUAGCUGCUGUUCCAUGAAGCCUUUGCUCUCUGCAAUGUGUGUGAUCAUGUUGUAUUACCACUCAUUUAGAUGAACUACUUACUAUUUAUACUGAA